CACUCACUCACCCUCAACAUGAACACUAAGAUCGUCCUGGUGGGCCUACUGUGUUUGGCGGCCUUAGCUUCCGCUGACAGACGGCCCUCAUUCUCCUACGGUGCUCCCCAGGAAUCCUCGGAAGAAUCAUUUGAGUCUACGGAAGCUAAAUACAGCUUCAACUGGGCUGUUGAUCACGACCCGUCAAGCAACGACUUCGGUCACCAGGAGGCCCGCGACGGUGACGACACUAAGGGUUCAUACUACGUUCAGCUUCCGGACGGUCGUCUGCAGAAGGUGACUUUCUUCGUGGACGGCGACUCAGGCUACGUGGCCGAAGUCUCCUACGAGGGCGAGGCUCGCUACCCGGAGUCACAAGAAUCUCGCUCCUUUGAGUCCUUCGAGUACGCCCCCCGCAGGCCAGUGUACGGCUAGAGGACCUCUGUGGACGCCCUCUGCAGGCCAGCUAGAGGACCUCCAGAACCCUUCAGGAGUACCUCCAAUGAUCAAAAAUAUAGUCGAUACUCUUGAAUGGUUUCUGGUGUCAUUCUAGGCAAUUAUCAAUAUUGAGUAUUUAUAUAUAUAUUUUUUUUGACAACUGUAUUUCUGUGAAGUUCAA